CUUCGUUUGAUUUCAUGAUUUAUUGUCUACGAUUCUUUGCUUUCUAGGCUGCCUUAAAUGUUUUCACGGACUUUCUCUGGUCCUCUUCUUUUCUUUUCUGCUCUUCCCGAUUUUGGAAGAGGAACAAAGAUAUAGAUUUAGUUCUGGUCGUCUUCAACUAUUCACCAGACGACCUGGGAUGGGAUUUGGGCUUCUGGGGUUUCAGGGUUUCUGGGUUUCUUCCCACUGUUGAGAAUCCUAAUCUCUCUACAUCUGGUGAUUUUGAUUCUGACCAUCUUUUCUCUUUUGUGACUCUCUUUUAUCAUUUCCUCCACUUAGUGGUAAACUCGUUGGGGGUGCGAGAUUUGUUGUUUGUAGGCCUUUGAAACUUUCUUCUGUAUCUAUUAUUAUAUUCCCCUUGCUUUAGUUAAUCCCUUAUAUGGUAUUUUUGUGUGGUGUUUAGAGAUUUGAUUUAGCAAGUAUCCAAGUGCAUAGUGGUUUCCCAAAUCUCAUGUUUUGAUGCUUGUGAAAUUCGUAUACCUUUUUUUCUUUCUGGGUAUGCUCACAUAAAAUAACGCUCCUCACAACUUUGAUCCUUUAGUGAGUGCGAUGUUUGCUUGUGGGUUUCGUUCUUUUGCCCAUUUUGUUCUUUGCUUCAUCAAUCGGGCUCCUAGAGUUUGAUGAUUUGACGUAGAUACUUCAAAUUUACUCGUCCAAACCACAUAAAAUAACGUUCUAGAGAGGGCUAGAAUCAGCGACUGUGUAUUGUUUUGGUGGGUAGGUCCUCAAACUGGUGAUCUCAUGUUCAUCUUGUUGUAUGUUGCAGGCUGAUGGAUGAAGAUUCUAGUGGGGUUGUCUGAUCUUGUUGCUACUGUUGGGUGGUGGUGAAGCUGAAACUUAAAUUUGUGAGAAGUGGAGGUCGGAGUAGAGAGAGAGAGAGAGAGAGAGAGAGAGAGAGAGAGAAAGAGAGAGAGAGGGCUAUUGUUAUGCGGGAGGCUAGGGUGAAGACAAGGCACAAUAGCAGGAGAAAUAGUAGAAGAGCUUGUGACUGUUGCAAAAACAGCACAAGAAGAGAGAAGCUGUUUUGCAGAUGUUAUCCGUUGAAAACCCUCCACCAGAUCCCCCAUGUCCUUGCGAAAUUUCCCAACUGAAAGGUAGUGAUGAGAGGGCUUCUGAUAAACUUGCCUUGCCAGAGGUAGAUCUGUUCAACUCAGGCCUUGAUGAUACCCAGCUACCCAAAUUCUCCAUAAGAGAUUAUGUUUUUGGUGCCCGGGGCAAGGAUAUCAAGAAGAAUUGGCCUUUUUCUCAGAAAAAUUUGCAACUUUGCUUGAAACAUGGCGUGAAGGAUGUGUUGCCACCAUUUCAGUCUCUUGAUUCAGUAAGGGAGGGGUCCUUCAAAGGAUGUGUGGCCGAGACUUGUCUGCCUGACAAGGAGGAUAUCUGCGAUUUGGAUAGUUUCAGGAACUUGAAUGGGGAGCCUUCUGGGUGGGUGCCUAGCUCUUCGGAUAGUGCUCAACCGAACCUGAGGAUAGCUGCAGAUUGCAUAGACAUAAAUUCAUCUGGAUCUGGAGGAGAAAAAGAUUUUCCUUCAUCCACAACCAGUAACUCUCAAUCUGAUAUAGGGUCAGUUCAUACUCACAGGCUAUCUAGCUCAGCAGUAGAAACUGAUACUUUACUGGAAGCCUCAGCUGAACUUGAAGCUGCAGGAGAUCUCGCACCCCAUAAGACUGAGAGCAAGACUCAACCCUCUGCGAAGAAGUGCAGGCUGAUAGUGAAAUUGCGGGCGGUCUCUGAUCCUAGCUCAACCGAAGAUAUUGCAUCGAAUUGUACAACCCUCUCAGAAGCAAUGGCUUCUAAAAUAUGCCCUGUUUGCAAAACCUUCUCAUCCUCUUCUAACACCACAUUGAAUGCUCAUAUAGAUCAGUGCCUUUCUGUGGAAUCAACCUCCAGGUGGAUGGAGGAUUCUAGACAGACUAGACAUAGAAUAAAGCCAAGGAAAACAAGAUUGAUGGUGGACAUCUGCGCAACAGCACCACGGUGCACGCUUGAGGAGCUUGACAGAAGAAAUGGUUCAAACUGGGCCACGGAUUUAAGCUUACCUACUCAAAAUACUGAGGUGUGUGCCCAUGAGAAAAGACAAAGACUUUCACCUGUUCAUCCUGAGGAGACUGGCGAUGAAGGUGCAGUCUAUAUUGAUGCAAGUGGCACAAAAGUUCGAAUUUUGUCAAAGCUUAACGUUCCAUCAUCUGUGUCAAAAGUAGGAGAGGAUCCCCGGACAAGCAAACCAUUAAGAGGAAGUAAAGGAAGCAAAUUCUUCUCAACCAACAAGAGAAAGCGGCAUGUGAACAAAUAUCAUAACUACCUGAAAGUUGCUAUUCAGAGCAAAAAAGAUUGUUCUCCAAAGCCUCAUAAUUCUGAGAUUCAUGGGACUCGGGAAGAAAACUGUGGGGCAGAAGAUCAUGAGGAGGAACAUCGGGCACAUAAUUUUAAAGCUCAAGAGCAGAUCAAACCCAGUGAUUCGGGAACUUUGAGACAGUGGGUAUGCUCCAAGCGAACUGGUCUCUCAAAGAAGGUUAAUGGUAAAGAUGGCCAUCGGCGGCCAGCAUAUAAGUUGCGUACAACACAAGACUUGGCAAUUGAGAGUGAUCAGUCAUGUUUGGGUGAUUCUUAUGUGGAGAAAAAUACUCGAAGAUCUCCAAACUUGAUGGAGAAUGUUAUUUCCUCUGAAAGCAAGAAGAAAGUGGAGAAUUCUUUGAAUGAAUCCCGAGGCUAUGAUGAUGGGGAGCAGUCUCCUGGAAGAAAGAGAUUGGGAAGUUCCUUGUUUGGAGCCAGAAUUAGUGACAAUGUGGAGAGGUUUCAGGAACCACUGAAGCAAAAUGCAAAUCAAUUAAGCAAAGAAAAUACUUCUGUUUGUGAUAGAAUUAUGCUUAAACGAACAAACACCAUAGGAAAUCAUGUAUCUCCACUGAGCAAUAAGACAUCCGACAUUCUUGCAGGUCCUGUCAGAAGCCCUGAUAGUUCUACCAGUGCAAACCCAAAACCAUACCGGAGUAAAUCAUUGUCAUCAAAAACCAUGAAAUUCUCCACUUUGAGGAAGAAUGUUUUGUCAGUUCAUCAAUCAUUUUUAAACAAGAAAUAUUCAGCCUUAAAGAAGCCUUGGGUGCUGCAUUCUGAAGUAGAAAUAGAUGAGGAGUCACCUUCUGAAGGGGAUCAACAUUAUGAUAUGAUGCAUGAUCAUAUUGAAAAUCAAUCUGGAGUAGAAGAGAUUAAUGACAGUGUGUGUCUUGAUAGAAGCAGUGUGCUGGAAAUCAGGCAAGAAAGAGGGGCUAUGGGUGUGUCCCAGGGGGAGGAUGCCAUGGUUUUGAAGAGGUCACAAGCAUCUUGGAGUCCUGGCCAUGAUGUAGGGGAAAAUAUAGAUUCUUCUGUCAGAGUCUCUGAUGAUAUGACUGAUAAAUGUGAUGGCCUAGAAUCUGCAAGAAAAUUGGUUCAAAUGCAUGCAGCUGACAUUGUUAUUGAAUCCUCCAAAAUGUGUCCUGACAGGAAUAUUACAACUUUGAACAAAUCAUUAGGUCCCAAAUUCAACAAGCUGGCUAAUCCUCCGGAAAAUGGAUCCAGCUCACUGCAACCUAUGGAAGAAUAUAAAGGGCCUCUAUGUGAAGAUGAAGCAUCAUGCCGUUUAACUGAUCCAAGUCUGGGAGAUGAGCAAGGGAUGUUUUGUCUAGAUGAAGUUGGCAAUGGCAUAAUUGGGCAAAACUCCUUUUUGGGGGCUGAUAUGGAGUCUAAAAUUGGGCAAGGGAACGCCUUUCCUGAGGUUGACCCAAUACCUAUUCCAGGACCCCCAGGUUCAUUUUUGCCAAGUCCUAGGGAUAUGGGCUCUGAAGAUUUUCAAGGGCACUCAUCAUUAACAACAAGCCUGGUUCAAUCAUCCUCCCAAGAUCAACAUGAUUUGGUUGAUGGUGAUUCAUCUGAUUCUCCUAUUUCUGCAACAUCAACCAUCUCAAACUCCACUGUAGCAAGACCUGAUUUAAAACGUUUAGAACAGUUAUUAUCUGUCAGAGUUCAUUCAGUUCAAGAGAGGAUCAGGUCAGAUUUCUCAGGUACUAGCAUUUGGCCUGUACUGGAAAAUGAUGUCACGGUUCCUGAGAAGGUUAGUGUUGGAGCAGAAAGAAUCCUUUUGGAUGGAGGAAAUUUGAAAGUCAAAGUGACCUCUUCCAUAAAGGGACCUCUCAGUUUCCAAGAUGAUGAUCAGCCAUGCUGUUGCUCACGGAAGGAGAGGACCUCUCAAGGUGUUGCUUUAAAUUAUCAAGAAUCACAGCUUCUAAGGCGAAGGACUAUGGCUUCAGUAAUGCUGCCUGCUAUUGGGAAGCAAACAGGCUGCAAUAUGAAUACUAGACUGAACAAUUUGAAUGUGAGUCCUGAAAUGAUUUCUAUCAGCAACUGUCCUAGUUCAGGAUCUGAAAAGGUGGUUUUCCCUGUCAUGAAGGCGUCUACUGAUUCAAUUCCUAUAAAUGGUUCUACUGAUGCUGCACUAAAAAUCCCAAGUCAUAGUGACUGUGAUUCUGCCAGUCCAUCUGGUUCUAAUCCGAUUCUCAGGCUGAUGGGAAAAAAUUUGAUGGUAGUCAACAAAGAGGAAGUUGCACCUAUGCAGCUCGGAGAAACCCAACCAGUUCCACUGAGUAACUGUCCGAAUCCACAGUUUCUGAACUUUUCUGGGGUCUCUCAUGGCAAUGCUCAAAAUCCUGACUAUCAUUACUUUCAUCAUAUGAUCCCUCCAGGUUCUUUCAGAUAUAUCCAGGAUCCACAUAACACAGUAGGGCAGUGUUCUGGCAUCAGGUUGCCAAACAGUUUUGAAGGCCACUGUAAUCCUAAGACACCACAGGCACUGGAGGGCAUGUUUCCUAACAAGCAUAUGGGUGGUGCUUUUGCAGCUUCCUUGGGACCGCAUGACUACAAAGGUGACUACAAUUUGGUGACUCAACAGAACAGACCAACAACCAGACUGGGUGCAACACCGGUAUAUCAUAUGGAGAAAGCAACAAAUUCUCCUCACCCCCAAUACAGGAAUUCAUCUUCCAUGGGAAGUUCUAUUAAAGAAGUCAUCAUCAUUGAUGAUAGUCCUGAAAGUGAAGCUGAUUCAACCACUGAUGAUGCCAAAUACACUAAAUGCUUGAGAGAAAGCCAGGUACCUUUAGCUGACAAUUUAAUUCCAGCACCUCCCAAUUAUAAUUUAAGGCAUUUGAAUCCCCUCUCCCGAUACCAGCCGCAAGAUCCUUCUCCCCUAGGCGAAUCACCGACGGCGCACAGCAACUGCUUUAUUGUGCCCCCCUCUAGGCGAACAAAUACAAGUCCUGUUAAAUGGGGUUGUACUUCAGAAAGUUCUGGUAUCAUUCAGCGGAAUCCUUUUAUGGCUUCAUCGUCCUCAACUGGUCAUCUGAGAUCCGACUUGUAUUAUUCUUCAAGCUUGUCAUAGUCAGGGAGUUUUUCUUGGGAUAGCCAUUUUCAAGUGGUCUGUCCAUUACCAGUUUUCACAAAAAUCCAGCUUGUGUUGAAACCUUGCACCGUUUCUGCAAAACUAAUUGCUAGAAACUUUUGGGUUUUCAAAUGACUUCCAAUGGCAAACAUACUGGCGGUGAUCAAGACGGAACCUGCAAGAAUCCAGCAGAUGAGCUCUCGGACACAGUUGCUUUUUUAUUUUGAAUGUACUAAAAGUGAGUCGGAUUUAAGCAGUUUUUCUGGCUUCUGAAUAGGCAAAUCUCAGUGCUUUCCCAGACUAGACAGUGUAUAAGCAAUCUUGGAAUAAUAGGUGACCCAGAGGAACCUUAGCUUUGAGUUAAUGGAGUUAAAAGUUUCAUAUAUAUGACAUGUUUAUCUUGUUCACACAUUGGACUAGAGCAGCUUUUCCUUUAACAAGUUGUCACCUGUUAUAUUUGAGUCGUGAAAGACUUUUAGUUUGAU